CCGCGCAGGCCACGCAGGCUAGCAAGCUGCGUUAGCUACUUCCUGUUCAACUCGUCAAGUCAGUCAGUCAAUCGGUUCUGUUCUUCCAAUGCACAGUGUUUGCUGCCAGCUAAAAUAGUGAAACGUACAUUUACUCUAAAUUAACAAGCCAAACAUAUUUCGAAGAUGUCUCUUGAAUUCGAAAUUUGUCCAGGCAGGAAGAUUGGGGGUAACAACCCUUGUUUCAUUAUCGCCGAAAUCGGCCAGAAUCACCAGGGCGACAUUGAGAUUGCUAAGAAAAUGAUCAAGAUGGUUAAGGACUGUGGAGCAGACUGUGCCAAGUUUCAGAAGAGUGAACUUGAGUACAAGUUUAACAAGCGGGCCCUGGAGCGUCCGUACAGCUCCAAGAACUCCUGGGGGAAAACUUACGGGGAGCACAAACGCCACCUGGAGUUCAGUCACGAGCAGUACCGCGAGCUGCAGAAAUACGCGAAGGAAGUCGGCAUAUUCUUCACGGCUUCGGGAAUGGACGAGAUGGCCGUUGAGUUUCUCCAUGAGCUCGAUGUCCCGUUUUUCAAGGUCGGCUCAGGGGACACCAACAACUUCCCCUACCUGGAGAAGACGGCCCAAAAAAAGAGGCCCAUGGUGGUGUCCAGUGGCAUGCAGUCCAUGGAGACCAUGAGGCGUGUUUACCAGACGGUGAAGAAGCACAACCAGAACUUCUGCAUCCUGCAGUGCACCAGCGCCUACCCACUGGAGCCAGAGGACGUCAACCUGAGGGUCAUCGCUGAAUACCAGAAGGAGUUUCCGGACAUCCCGAUUGGCUACUCAGGCCACGAGUCUGGGAUCUGCAUCACGGUGGGGGCGGUGGCGUUGGGGGCCAAGGUGGUGGAGCGUCACGUGACCCUGGACAAGACCUGGAAGGGCAGCGACCACGAGGCCUCCCUGCUCCCGGAGGAGCUGGCCGAGCUGGUGAAGUCCAUCCGCAUCGUGGAGCGAGCCCUGGGGACCGGCGUCAAGCAGAUGCUGCCCUGCGAGAAGGCCUGCCAUGACAAGCUGGGUAAGUCUGUGGUGGCCAAGACCGCCAUCCCCAAGGGCACGGCUCUGACCGCCGACAUGCUGGGCGUCAAGGUGGCCGAGCCCAAGGGCGUGGCCCCCGAGGACAUCUACCUGCUGCUGGGGAAGACGGUGAAGGCCAACGUGGGGGAGGACGAGUCCAUCACCGAGGACCUGGUGGAGAGCUACGCGAAGGAGGUCAAAAGCUGAGCGGGGGCGGGGCGGUGGUCCUCCGGAGGUCCCGGGGCUCUGGCUCGAAACGCCGGGACGCGAUUCUCCCCAAGUCCAUCAGGAAAUACUGACACCUGUAUUUUUAUUAUUUUUCCCACCCCACUCUAGAUACUAGAAGUCUCUCAACUAGAGGCAGAGGUCCUGGGUAUGUCGUAAGCACACACUUUCACACUCUCGACAGCUGAUUGCAGGAGAAGAACGUCCAUUAUUUCAGUCCAUGUUCAGUAUUUGCUGAUUGAAUCGGGAGAAGUCGCGUCCCUGACGAUGGUCGAAGAGCACUACGGAAUGGUGAAGGUGCACAGAGAAGAGAACCAUAGAUUCAGAACCUGCUAGAUAGAUUUUUUUCAGAUUAAGCUUUUCACAUUUUCGGUUGUUUACCAGAAGGGGGUGAUCUACAGCUUGCUUGGCAGAAGGGGUGAUUUCAGGAGAAUGUUCAUUAGGUUGAGGUGAUGUAAUGCGCACAGAUAAUCGGUAUGUCACUGUCAGUAAUUUACGUGUGAUGACUUUGGUUGCCUACUGGGAAACAGUGCUAAGGCUGUUUUAUGUGCCAAAAUGUUGUUAAAUACAAAGUGAACUUGAACAGAAUUCACUUUGGUGCUUCUGUGUUCAUGAGAAGUCUUUGGAGUGAUGGGAUUCAUGGAUAAAUUGAAUACACAAUACAAACAGGGUUUGGGUGAAACCAGUGAUUAAAAACUUUUAUUAAAGGAAAA